AUGCUAGGCCCCGGGGGACGUCGAGCUUUCGUGGUCAAGCUUCGCGGCCUGCCCUGGUCCUGCUCCGUGACGGACGUGCAGAACUUCCUCUCCGACUGCGUGAUUCGCGGUGGGCCCGCGGGCGUCCAUUUCGUCUUCACCGCACAGGGCAGGCAGAGCGGCCGGGCUUUUGUGGAGCUGGAAUCGGAAGAGGAUGUCAGGAUGGCCCUGAGGAAACACAGGGAAAGCAUGGGACAGAGAUACGUAGAAGUGUUCAAGUCCUGCAGGAUGGAGAUGGACUGGGUGUUCCAGUACAGCGGGCCCUGCGGCGCCAACGGUAGAGUCGUCCGUCUUCGCGGACUCCCGUUCGGGUGCUCCAAGGAAGACAUCGUCCAGUUCUUCUCGGGACUGGAAAUCGUGCGGAAUGGGGUCACGCUGCCCGUGGACCCCAUGGGCAGGAUCACCGGGCACGCUUUUGUGCAGUUCGCCUCCCGGGAGGUGUUCAUGAGCAGCGAGGAGGAGGCCAGGGCCCACUCCGAUCCCGCGCUCAAGUCUCCGUCCGCGCACACGUCGGGGCCCGGUACCCGCCCCGCCCCGGCCACGACAUGCGCCACCGUCUCGCAGCAACGGAGCCUGGAGGGGAUGCGGCCUGGCGCCUCCGGAGCAGGCCGUGGCGGCCACGAGCAGCGCCGCGACCUCGGCGGCAGCCACGGCUCCUCCAGCGGCCCGUCUGGGAGAGGCCGCGGCGGCUUCCCCUCAGGCACACGUGGCGGCUUCCCCUCAGGCUUCCCCUCAGGCAAACGCGGCGGCUUCCCCUCGGGCACCCGCGGCGGCUUCCCCUCGGGCACCCGCGGCGGCUUCCCCUCAAGCUUCCCCUCAGGCACAGGCACACGUGGGGGCUUCCCCUCAGGCACACGCGGCGGCUUCCCCUCGGGCACACGCGGCGGCUUCCCCUCAAGCUUCCCCUCAGGCACACGCGGCGGCUUCCCCUCAGGCACAGGCACACGUGGCGGCUUCCCCUCGGGCACCCGCGGCGGCUUCCCCUCAGGCGGAGCCCGCGAGCUCGCAGAGCAGAGCACCGCCCGGCCCCGCGUCCACAUGAGCGGGCUGCCGUCCAACGCCACCGAGAAUGACAUCUACACCUUCUUCUAUCCGCUCAAGCCUCUGAGAGUGGACAUUGAGAUCGGCCAAGACGGAAGAGCGACCGGCAGGGCCCACGUGGACUUUGCCACUCGCGAAGACGCUGUGGCGGCCACGUCCAAAGGCAGGGCCAGCGUGCAGCCCAGAUUCGUAAAGCUCCUGUUGGAUCUGAAAACCGGAGCCAGCGACAGGGCGUCCAGCAGUCUGCAGACGCCAGGCACCGGGCCGUCCGCAGCCCAGGCCGCUGACAGCGGUCCGGAGAGUCAGCCCCCGAGCGGCUGA